GGCCACUCCAGGAACGAUAGUAGGUUCAUGGCGAACACGAGGUUCAAGCUCACUUUAUAACUUGACCUACAGUACACACGACCCCCGGCAUCACGAUGACAUUGCGUACGUAUCUAGGCAGAGAUAAGAAACGGAAGUCAUCGUCUCCGGACGAUACUCAAACACUACCAUCUUCGAGCAACAAAGUUCGUUUCACAACGCCGCCAUCGCAUAUUAAUCCGGUAGGAGUAGAACUUUCUUCUCAUCUUUCUGAAGAUGAAGCUGGGCCUUCAUCUCAUGCACAUCGUAAAUUCCCACUCGACGAAGAUUCAGCUCGCCGUCGUACCACACGAUCACAAACACGUCGAUAUCGUAAUUUGAGCUUAGACUCAAAAGCUGCAGAGGAUAACUCUGAACUCUCCGAGGUCUCUGCGACUGACUUGGAAGAUGAUAAACAUCAAGCCAUCAUAGCCCUUCUCUCUAAUGCGAAAGCAGAGCCAAUAGUGAGCAAACCUCGAUGGCGAAUUCGCAAGGUGCCUACGAAACGCAAUGGUAAACGGAAUGGUACAUCCGUAGAACCAGUGGCGUCUCCCCCUGUAAUGACACCAGACCCUCUUGCCUUCAUUCAAGACUUUCAUGGCAACUUUCCUAAAUCGAACUUAUGUGCUGACGACCCCACACCACCUACUGUCACCCAGUUGAGAGCACAUGCCAUGCGAGACGUGCACGGUGCACUCAGACAUAUAGAAGUCGCACCUCCAGCAGAUACCCGCCCAGAGUCUUAUAUUCGUCGUCGUCGGAAACAAAGAGACAUCGUUGUGUCUUCUGAUACCCUUCAGACAAUCACUCCACAGUGGAUGAUACCCCCUACAAGGCAUUCAGUGGCGACCGCUGAUCUGCCCGUUCCUGCAGGAGCCACCUUGAAGACUGCGAAGCAUGGAGAAUCUACGGCUCACAGUUUGCCAUUAUCGUCGAGUUCCGACAUGCCAAACCUCGGCCACGCAGAUCUGGAACACGAUACGACACCCUCAAAUACUGCUCUCGGCAAAGGAAAGGAAAUUGCAAGAGUUGCUCAUGCAUCUUCCUCCGCCAACUCUGCCGAGCCCAGCAGGAUCAUACCGCCAAAGAAAUCAUACCCCACCUCGUCUGUUGCACAGCGCCAACAGAAUGUGCCAAGCGACCCUGUCGUUCUUUCCAAACAGUUUCACACUUCCAAGACUGCGUCAGCAAGUGUACUGGGCAGGAAGGAAGUUGGGCAACCCUCCACAUCACAACGGAGAGGCCAAGAUCAGCGAUCAAUGGCGUCAGUCGAAGUCAGAAGGGAAGUCGACUACAGUGAGUUACGGCUUACUGACUAUCCAGAAGAUCCGCUAUCGCUUGCACCGGCCCACUUGGGCGGCCAUUAUCUUGAAUGGGAGAACGAUCAUAUGCGGCGGAAUUUGGACUCUCCAUAUUCUGCUUCCUCGGAAACGAGGUUAUUGGACUUACUAUCUUCUCCUCGAAUGAAUGGUCGAGACAUCGUUGACUUUCACAUGCCAAGUAGAAUCGCAGAGCUGCUACCUAGCGAAGUCCUUGCAGAUGAUUGCCUCCGACGCCUUCGUGAAUGCGAAGAACGACUUAGAGCGGAGGGAUGGACUCGGAAGGCGAACCACGAAGUAGAGAUGACUCGUCUGCGAACCGAUAUUGAUGCAUUCCAAAAGAAACAGUCUGCGGAUUUUCGAGAAUUGCGAGGGGAAGUGAGAGAUGUCAAGAAGGCCGUCACGACAAAGAGAAAGAAGGAUAAGGUGAUGAAAGAUGGGAUCUCACAUUUACGAGCGGAGGUGACGCAAUUGGGUUGGGAGGUCGAAAGGAUGAAGACGAGGCUUGGAGAGGCUGCGACGCACGCGAUGCGUCCUGGCCAGUCGGCUGAAAAGGUCGUCAAACGGAUGGACCGAACGAUGUCCCUCCAGGGGACCAAGACGUCUUCAACGAAGACAAGUGCUUUAGCAGCCGCAGGGCGGUCUUCUAUCGUUACCUCGAUAAGAGCGGGAAUGGUGGACGCUGCCUCGCACAGCAAGCUUGGUCCACCAGAGGCAUCUGUGUCUGCAGGUGUUCGUUCAAGUCCCAUGUCCCAGAAUAAUGGCACCAGGACAACGUCUAAAACUUCCGGCUGGGUUCCGCGUACUUACGGCCGUCAUAAUGCCAUAUCGCAGACGUUGACACUUGUAGAGGCUCCGAGCACCUCAAGUUGGACGCCUGAGUCCCGGAUCAACCACAACCGCGCGAGGACAAGUACUAGAGGCCCCAACUAGACCCUGCGAACUUAUAAUCAGAGCUGAUGUUUGUUAUGUAUCGGGUAUGGAAGUUACUUGGAUAGAUGUAUUUUAUUGCGUCGUAUAACUUUAGUCUCUGUAUACGAAAUUCAGUCCGAAUUCAUACCCUUGAGGACCAGCGCAG